GCCAUUACGUUGGGUUGAGCCGACAACAAACGCCGUGCGGGUUUUUUUUUCGCGAGCCCCGGACGGUCCCCGGCUCCAAGCUCCACCCUUCGCCGCUUCCUGCACCGUCAAUCAAAGCAACGAACAAAAAAAAUACCCCGAGCGACGCUCGCCCGGCGCCCCGAAAAGGCACCAUGCUAACCGUAUAGAUCCAGCCCGCCAAAGCCGCCGACAGACCGACCGACCGACCGCUCGCUAUGACUGCUCCGGAGAAGCCAGUGAAGCAGGAGGAAAUGGCUGCGCUGGACGUGGAUAAGCAGAGCGAGUAUCUCCAGCACAGGAGUACCGUGGCACAGAACAUUCAGCCGUCACCGCUUGCACUGCUGGCAGCUACGUGCAGCAAGAUCGGGUCGCCGCCAUCGGAGACCGCUGGAGCUACCACAACAGUUGGAGCCGGGCUGCCACUUGACUUGGCUUCUGCACAAUUAGCAGCGUCGAAUGGAUGGCAGCUAAUAACUUCAGCACCCACUGUAGUAACAAAAGAUACUGCAGGUAAUUUUGUGCAAAUUACUGGACAGGUUCCUGGAUCUCCUGUCACUGCUUCUGUACCAACGAGUGGACAGUAUGUUUUACAAGGUUUGCAGAACCAGCAAGUCUUUGCUGUCGCUCCAGGAUCAUCCACAGCUGCAACAGGUGUAGUGCCUAGUGUUCAGUAUCAAGUUAUUCCACAAAUUCAGACUGGAGAUGGGCAACACUUGCAACUGAGCUUAAGCUCAUCUAAUACGGAAGCAGCAUUGCAGCAAGAUGGUAAUGGCCAAAUUCAAAUUAUUCCUGGCACCAGCCAAGCAUUAAUUGGCGGUAAGACUCCUUCAGGCAAUAUUCUAACCACCCAAAAUCUUAUGUCGCCAACUGUUUCAGUUCAAAUACAGCAGAGUAAUGCACAUGUCCCGGUGCAUAUCCAAGGAGUUGCCUAUGGUGGUGGUACUUACCCUGGUCAAACACAGCUUCUCACUAAUGUUCCUGUUGGAUUAACGGGAAAUGUUGCUUUUGUGCCGAUUGGAAAUGUUGAUGUUGAUUCACAGGGAACACCUACUUCACAGUCCAUGACUCAGAGUAAUGCUACAGCAAUUACCACUUCAAGCCAGAUGAUACCUGUUUCAUCAGAAGCUAUAAAUACUAUAGAUACCUCAGCAAGGACAGAUGACCAGAGUAUUUCUGUAGCUGUGCAGAAUUCAGCUAAUAGUGACUCUAACACUAAUAUAGCUUCGUUUGUGCCAACGACCUCAGUGGGUCAUAUGGUUGUUUCAGAUGAUCAUAUUGAUACUGCACAACAAACCUCCGGUAGUAAUUCUACUGCAACAUCUGACCAGAUACAGGCAACAACUGAUCUUCAUGUGAACCAGCCUACUGUUGAUCAAACACAGUUACAAGAUAUACAAGGUUCGGCCUCACAAUCAGCUGACCAUCAAAUUCAAUUUCAGUCACAUCAACAAUAUGCUGUCCAGCCACAGCUUGUUCAGAGUAUUCCGCAGCAGGCAAUACAGACAAUUGCAGGACAAACCAUUACUGCACAAGCUGUUCCUCAGCAAGCCUUGCAGAAUCUUCAACUACAAGUAGUCCAAAAUGCAGGCUCCCUGUUAUUACGAGCCCCAACGUUAACUCCAUCUGGAGAAAUUGCCUGGCAAACCUUUCAGGUGCAGAACAUCCAGAACUUGCAAAAUGUGCAAAUUCAGAAUGCACCAACCCAGCAGAUAACUCUUACUCCAGUGCAUACUGUUACGUUGGGCCAAGUAGCAUCCAGUGGAGCAUUGACUCCAAUUGCACCAGCUCCAUUAACAGUUAGUAGCCCACAAUUACAGACAGCAACUGUGAAUUCAUUCGCUUCUUCAGGCAUUCAAUUACAAGGUACACAUAAUUCAAAUAUUCAAAUAAAAGAAGAAGAAGAUGACUCCGAAUCCUGGCAACUAGCAUCACAGCCUUCUACGGUGACUAAUGUGGGAAAUGCAUCAGUCCUUGGUUCUGGUGAGUUAGCACAAGUAUCUGUGAACCUGGAUGAGGAUGCAAAUGACCAGCAGUAUCAACCAGGAAAACGACUCCGCCGAGUUGCAUGUACCUGUCCUAAUUGUAAGGACGUCUUGGGAAGAUCCUCCAGUAACUUGGGCAAGAAGAAGCAGCAUAUAUGCCAUUUUCCAGGUUGUGGAAAGACCUAUGGAAAAACAUCCCACCUUAGAGCUCAUCUUCGCUGGCACACAGGAGAACGACCCUUUGUGUGUAACUGGGUGUUUUGUGGAAAACGGUUCACUCGCAGUGAUGAGCUACAGCGUCACAGAAAAACACACACAGGUGAGAAAAAAUUUGUCUGCCCAGAAUGCUCCAAGCGCUUUAUAAGAAGUGACCAUCUUUCAAAGCACAUUAAAACACAUCAGAACAAGAGGGGCAACCUUUCCAGCCAUAACAGUGCAGCUAUAUCAUCAAUGGAAGUGACAUCUGCCUCAGAUGUUGGUAUCCUUGCAACAGGAGGAACUAUUAUGUCACCUGUAAUAGCAAACAUUCAGCAGGGUCAUAUGGAAGGGAUUGGAACUGAUCAUUCUGAUGGUGCAAGUACUGAAGAAAUGUUGCAUAAUACCGAUAUACAGUUAGUCACAAUUGGUGGGGAUGACUGUAUGGACUAAAAUUUAUAGAGAAACGAUGUGUUAGUGAUUUUAUAAAAGAGCAAAUGGCUAGUAAAUUUUAUGCUUUUUCUGCAGUCUUUUUAUCAGUGUGAUAAAAUUUCAUCUAUUAUGGAAAAGUGACAUGUCACUAAAAUGCCUUAUUUUCUAUGUAUUUGUAAUACAGUAUUCAUAACUAUUGAACACUGGCAAUGUUGCAUGUACAUUUUGCAGAUGCUCACCACAUGUAGCAAUUUUCAAAUAUAGCACUCAUAAUAGAUUAUAAACACAGGAAAAUAGCUAUGCAAGACUGAUGGGGGAUUCUUGAAAAUUAAGAUUUGGGGUUGAUGCAGUCCAGAAUGGGAAAGUUAAUGGUAUGUACAUCUUGAACACAAUUUAUUGUGAUAUAUCUGUUUUCUAUUAAAUUUCGUAGCAAUUUUCUAAUUCGCGCAUUGCAUUUUCUGAUAUAAUAAGCAUAUUUCAAACAUAAAAGGGUCACUGAUGGUCUCAUUCUAUAAGGUGAUUAGUAAACUAGCUGUUUGUCAGUUCAGUGUCAAAGUACGCAUUUCCGUGUGUUACUAAGCUCUUUAUAAAAGAGGAAUAUUGUAAAAAUGGGAACUGAAGUCUUAAUCUAUUUUUUCAAUUUAUUAAAAGCCAUUUUUUGCUAAUGUUAAGGAUCAUCUGCCAAAUAACUGUUGAUUAUAUUUAACCUUGAAGUUACAAAGUGGCUACUAAAUGAAGCUCCUUUGACACUUUGCAGAUCCUUAUGCAUCUACCCUUUGUAAUUUUCUAUAUUCAAGUUUUUACCUUAACUAUUUGUUGCGCAUAUAUAUAAAUAUAUAUAUUCAGUUUGUAUUUUUAUUAUGUAUUUGUUAAGGCUACAGAGGUAUUGCUUAACUAUUUAAUCUUGAUCAUCAUUUCCGCACCAUAGAAAUGGGGAUAAAGAUGCUUCCAUUUGACAUUUAUUUCUUUCCAAACCGCUGAUGUGCAGUGCUAUUAAAAAUUGCAGCAUUUUUCCCCAGGAUAUACUAGCAACAUCUUGUGCCAGUUUUUAAAGUACUGAAUCACCUCAUAGUUUGUACCCUUUUGAAAUUUAUUUUUAACUGUCUUGUCCUUUUUGUAAUGAAAUCAAUUGUGCAGAAUAAACAUUCAGAUUGCAAUAUAAACCGGCUUUGAUGAACCAAAUUGUGGUUUCAUUACUUUUAUUUUGGUUCUUAGCGCUUGAACCACUACUAUGAAGGGAUUAUCAGUGUCACAUGAUUUAACAUUAUUCUUUAGGUAAAAUAGUAUUGUGUGCAUAAAAACACAACUAUACGAUGAAAUGUUUAUAUGAUGAGUCUAUUGAUCAUUGUUUCCAUUUUUAAUCCAGUUACUCUUUAGUAUGUGUGAUAUGAUUAUCCAGAACUCUCUCCAAAAAGAUAUACAUUGUACCUCGGCAUAGGACUUGAGACCUCCUGAGGAUUUUCCCACAAUGAGAAUUGCAGUUUAUGUAAUUCCUUCCUUAAAGUUUUUUUUUGCUCAUCACAAAAAUGUUAAGUUGUAUUGGAAAUAUGGCCCUGAAACUAAGAUGUGUUAUAUGUGCAAGUGCCAACAGCUGAGGUAAAGUGUGUUCAUGUGAAAAUAAUGGAUAGUGCCGUUCUGUAGUAAUUGCUUUUUAAAAAAAAACAACUUUUUGUUAAUGUUUUAAAAGGGUUGAGCAACUUUCUUUGCAUUUGGAGCUAAUUUAGAUCAUUCUUCCUACCUCUUCCACCUUUCCCUUUCCCUCCCAAAAAAGUUAGGUGUUCUUUGAAACAAUGAUGAAACUUGAUUUUAAAAUUCAAUAAAAAUAUAUACAUACCGUGUGGAAAUUGUGUCUAGGGUUACAUGUUCCUUCCAAAUGUAUAAAUAUAAAUUAAAAUGCUAAUAAAGUAAGAUUAUACUAUC